CAACUUUGAUUCCUUAAAACCUCACAUACACACACAAUGAAGUUAUCUAACACCGCUUUGUUGGCUAUUGUUGCCUCUUCCACCUUAGUUGCUGCUGCCCCAGCCAAGAAGAGAGAAUUUACUACUGUCAAGAGAUCUGACAUCAACGAAGUUUUGGAAAUCUUGAAAGAUAUCCAAGGCCUUAAGCAGAAGAGAGAAUUUCUCGAAGGUGAUGAAUUGAUUGCCCUCGAUGCCAGAGCCGACAACGCCAUUGUUGACUUGAUUAGUGCUUUGUUCAACUCAGGUAUCAUUGGUGAAAUCUGGAACACUCUUACCACAGACACUGCUCUUCAAUCUACUCUUAAGAAUCUUAUUCAAUCUGCCAUCAAUGGUUUGAUUGUUCAAGGUCCAGCAUUGAUCUCUGCUAUCUGGAACUCAGGUUUGAUCGGUAACCUUUUCAACACUUUGAUCAACGACGCCGAUGUCAGAAGCUCUUUCUUGGGUGUCGUCAAGUACAUUUUUGACUUUGCCCUCAAUUUGAUCACUGGUGGUUCCAGCACCACUGCUGCAGCAGCACCAGCACCAGCACCUUCUGCUGCACCAGCUGCUAAGAGAGAGAUCACUGAAUUAAACCUCAACGGUGAAUACCUUGACAAGAGAGACGUUUCUGAAGUUGUUACAUACAUCUACAACGCUAUCAAAGACUCCGGUAUUGUUACCACUUUGAUUAACAAGGUUUUGGCCGACCCACAACAAUCUAUCUCCUUCUUGACUUCUGCUCUUCAAUACGGUGUCGUUGCCGUUGAAGAUGUCUACGGAUGGGCUAAGAGCUCCGGUCUUUUGGACGAAGCCUUGCAAUACUUGCAGGAGAACGGUGGUACUUACAUCGGUGCCAUUGCCUCUUGGUUGUCUGGUGCCAUCUCUUCUGGUUCCGUCUCUGCAUCUGACAUUGCUGCCGCUUCUGUUCCAUCCAACACCGGUGCCACAUCUGUUGCUACUACUGCUGCUGCUGCUGCUCCUGCUGCUAAGGCCAAUCCUACCACAACUGCUGGUGCUGCCACCACUGCCGCUCCAGUUCCUACUGCUGCUGCCACAAACAACGAUGCAGUUCUUCAAUCUUUGAUUAAUGCUUACGGUGGUACACCAAACACUGUUGCCACUACUGUCGCAACAGCUGGUCUUGCAGGAAGUAUCAACCAACUUGUUGGUGCUGCUAACCAAGCUGCCGGUUCGCUCAAGAAGAGAAGAGUCUACUAAUUGCGAUAAAUCAAAACAAAAGUUGAACUACCGUCAUGAACACUACAAUAAUGUCCUAAAAACUAUUUAUUAAAGUUGGAUAAUACCCCGAAAACUGAAAAAGUUCAAGCAUCUCAUUGGUAGUCAGAUGGCUGUUUGCAUAUUUAUCAAUUACCAUGGCUCGUUUGCGUUUGAAGAAAUUGGCUUUUCGGUUCAUAUUUAAGAAUAUUACUUUCAAACUCCGUUACUUGUUUAUUUAGUUCUCCCCACAACAUAUUUUACAUACAUUUUAAUAUAAAGCCAAAAGAUCG